CGCCGGUGCCCGCCCCCGGCACGGCCGUUCCGGUAACGCGGCGUUCCGCCUGGUGCUGUGACCCGGCCGUGGGCGGUGAGCGGGGCCGGGGUGCCCUCGGUUCUCUGAGGGCCGCACGACGCUGGCGCCACCGCGAAGGAGAGUCGGACCGAAGAGCAGCCCGGGCCUGGGCCCGGUACCACAAUCCCCGGGGUACGCGAGAUUCUGGUGAGCCGGGGCGGCACGAGGGCUCCCCGGUGAGCUGCCGGCAGAGGCGGCCGGGGCGGGCGAGCCCCGCUGCAGGCACGGAUGAGCUCCCUCGGACGGUCCGGAGUCACGCGCUGGGCUGGAUCCAUGGCAAACAGAUGAGCCCUCUGCAGAGGGGAGGAACACUCUGUGCUCCCAGGUCAGGGAAACAUGUCCCGUCGGAAACAGACCACUCCUAACAAAGUUCACUGAUGGAAAAUCUUGUCUGUCUUAUGAUGAACGCCACGAAAUCGUUGGGACUUCUCUGUUUACCUAGCCUGCUGUGUGUCUGGAGGGCCCAGAAAUGCCGUGCAGUGCCCUGACGAGGAUAAUCGGAGAGAGCAUCGGCUCCAAGAACGGGGUGAGCCAGCAGAAUGAGUCAGGCUGAGACAUAGCAGACAUAUUACUGGGACUUCUUCACAGGGACUGCAGUGGUUGGGAGGAAAGGAAUGAAAGGGACAGCAGUAACCACUACAGCAGUGUGGACAACCCAGAAUAGCCAUGGGGCAGGUGGAAUAGAUCCACAGUGGUGGAAAGACUUGCAAAUUUCAGGUCCAGGAACACAGAGAAGACCUACAUGAACAGGGACUUUUAAUUGAUGUACAAGGAGGGAAUAAACUGACUCAUCUCUGAGAGACCUUUCUGUUUAGGAAGGAAGGCAGGGGAAUGAUGCAGUUCUUUUGGAUUUUGUUUUGUGGAUUUUGGGGUGGGAGUUGUUUGUUUCUGUGUUUAUUUUCCAGAACACCUGAGAGUUAUCCUGCAUUCAUACAGUUCAAGAAGGCAAGGGCUCAGGGCUGAUACCUCAGCAGACCCUAGCAGUCAUGCCUGUCUGUGUUACACAGUGCCACAGGGCUGUCCCCUACCUCCACCACUGCUCACUUGGCAUCCCACUCAUUCACAGCAGUAUGGAGAGGAGAAUGGAAUACAAAGCAGAGGCAUUUGUGUGAUUUCUCUUGUCCUACAUCUCUAGCUGUUUGUAAACAACUACAGUGACUUGUUUUGGUGUUGUGGUCAGCCUGCAGCCCUUUUUGUAUUUAAUAAAGAAACUUCUGGAGAAGAGUCUGUGAGUUCACUAUUGAGCGUAACAUCUCUUACUUAUGGCAGUGAUCCUAAAGCUGUUGCCUGUCUUAACUCCCCUUUUAAAUGAAUGGAAGCAUACCCAAAGUGGGGUGGAGGUGGGGGUGUGUCUGUUUGUGAGCAUGUCUGUGCAGAAACAUCAAAAGUAUAACCCUGGACCUAUCAAACAUUAAAGCUCUAAAGCUUCAUCAAAGUAGGACUUAGUCCAUCAGUAGAUAAUCAGGACACUCUUUCUUAAGUUCUUUUGUACACUAUUACAAUAUAUAAGAAAUUUUGUACAAGUGGGAGACAGUAUUUUUACAUGUUUGCCUUUCCCAGUCCCGUGAUGCUUUUAGAUACAGGCUGUGGAGGAUGCACAGGACGUCACCUGCUAACAGCACGGGUUUGGUUAACAGAUUGCAUUGCUGGCUGUAAACUGGUUGUUCUCUGCACUGUGCUGAGUCAAUGCUCACUGGGCUCUGGGGGUGUUAUACAGUGGCUAGAGGCACACACAAUUGCUCUCAGUUACUGUGACUGAUGGCAGUGUUCCUAAUGUGAGGAGUUCCUUCCUCUGUCACCUCAGAUAAAGAUCCCAGCUCUUAAAUCCUGCGGACUGUCUGUGUCCUGCCCUGCCUUUGGGCUCCAGGCUGCUGCUCAGUGGGUGUGUAAUCUGUCUGAAAGGGAAAAGGGGGAAGAAAACAAACAUGUAAUUGCUUCCACGAGCAGCCUAAGUGGCAUUUGGGAAUUCUGCUUUGGAACUCUGUCAAAGGUAGCAGCACAUCUCCCACCGUAGUUUUACAUCUGUCCUGUGUUCUGCAGGUUUCCUCAUUUCACCAUGCUUUCUCUUUCUCUUGCAAUGCUUUUUUGGUCUAUGGACUUUUAUCCUGGUGGUUUGUGGGUUUCUGCUUCUUGGAGAGGGCACUGGAAUUCUGUGGUGUCUGCUGCUCAUACAGUCUGUGUCUCAGUCCCACCAAUGUGAGGCUGUCGUCCAGACAUAAAAACAGCACUCCCAAGUCACGAAAACCAUUCAGUGCUGGAAUGACUUCUGAAAGGGUGUCACAGCAGUCAUGAUGGUCCCUGCUGCUUUCAAUGACAAAUAGACUUGGUGCUCCUCAGCACCUCUCCUCAGGCACAUGGAUUGUGUUCUCAAAUCUUCUCUACAGAACCCUUUCUCACAUUUCUGAAACAGAAUGAUAAAAGCCUUCAAAUGCUUUUGGAAACCUCCAUGGGGACAUUGGGAAGUAAAAUUCUUCUCCCACAGUCUCCGUGAAACUUCUGAAGGUCUUUGGAACCUUCCAAAAAUUACGGCUUUUUAAAGCCCUGCCAAAAUUGCAAGGUGAGCCCCAGGAAGGCAGUGUGAGUGGGAACAUGGAGCAACACUGGCUGGAACAGUUCAGCAUGUGGGAAUGUACCUGUCCUUGUAACAGGACUGGUGCUCUCUCUUGGGAAUUCAGUUUCCUGGUUAUACUGGUGCCAGCUGUGGCCCUGUGCUAAAAGGUAACAUUAUCUUCUGAAAGCUAUGUCUUGAUUUUAUGUGAAAAAUGCACUGCGUUUUCCUUGGCAUUUUCACAUUUGUGCUUUGAAUGGUUCUUGAGCACUUAUGAAUCAGUUGAUAAAUGCAACCCAAAAGCCAGCCUGCUGGGAACUUCAGCACCUUUCCUAGGCCUCCCAGCUCAUCCACUGGAAAAGGUAAAUCACAACUAGCCCUGGAACAAUUUGUUUGCUUUUAUAUGAAAAUGAAUGGUUGCCUUUCAUUGUUAUUCUCUGGAACCAAAACUUCUUUGAGCAGGGAUUGCUGUAAGAAGUUUUCAUUCAGAGCACAAAUAACUACUUUCUUUCAAGGUGUUUGCCAUCUCCUAUUGAGUUGAGGUGCUAGUGGUCACUGCUUUUAACAAAACAAAAUGUUUUGUCCUAAACAUGCAUCUCAGCUCUGUGGGUUCAUUCCCUUACACUUCUGUUUUGAGCACAUGAAGUGCCAAUGAGAUUUAUUUUAGCAAGAGCCAUUCCUGCACAAGGCAAGGUAGUUUUCUAUCCAUCAUAUACACGGGAGAACACCAGCUCUGAGCAUAGACACCUUCUGUAAGGGCAGCUUGUCCUCAUCCCUCCUGGGACAGAAGAGGGUGACAGAGCAUGCCAAGGGCAACCUCUAGUUUUGAUAUCACUGUGGAGGACAGGUGAGGUACCAGGCACUUAGGGAGGCGCUGUUUUUGUGCAAAAUGCUUGCUACAGCUGGGAAUAAGACUUAAUAAUUUAGAAGAGCUAUACAGUACUAUCCCUGGUCUGGGAUACUGUCAUAGUCCCCAGGGGCUUCCUCCCACCCUGAACUGUGCUGCAGGAUAUUGGUGGAUAGCUUGGCAGCAGCAAAAGCCACCUGGCUAUUUAUGGCAGAUAUAUGGGGUCACAGGUAUUCUGUGGCUGGAGUGGCAUAUAUGUAGUAUGCAGACAGCAGCCCAGUGUUGCCCAUUGCCACUAGUGAGACUCUUCUACACCCAGGCAUUGGACUCAUACCAGCAGGUGCCAGAGGCUGGUGUGGCAGGGUAGGCAAGCAGAGAAGUGACCUAAGUGCUUUCCAAGAGGUGACUCCAGAGGUUCUGCACAGUGCAGGUGAGCAGCCCCAUGCCUGUUGUAUUUUUGGCAAGCCUUGGUGAUGGAAGCAAUGGAACAGCACCAGUCUGACUCUUUGUCCUUGUGGCUGCCAGGGGAGCAAGUCUUUGCAGGGCUGGAGGAGCAAGCCCGCCAAGCCAUGAUGAAAAACAGCUUUCCUGGAGCUCUUGGGGACCAAAGGCCAACAAUUCGUCCACUGCAAGACCCUGACUCCAGCAGCAGUGGCAGUGAUGAUGAGGAAACCACUCAGGAUGAAGUUUCUUCCCAUACGUCCGAGGAAGAUGGCUCAAUGGUGAAAGUGAAGAAGGAAUUAGAAAAUGCAGAACGACCUGUGGCCAGAACUCCACUGAUGAGAGAAAAUGAGGUGCCUGAGAGUUUGAACGCUGACCCCAUGCUGGGACUGUCACAAUGCCCCCUCUGCCAGCUGGAGUGUGGAAGCAGAGAUCAACUCAUUGCACAUGUGUACCAGCACACUGGAGCGGUGGUGAGUGCCAAGAGCUACCUGUGUCCUGUGUGUGGCAGAGCCCUCAGCUCCCCAGGAUCCCUUGGGAGACAUCUCCUGAUCCACUCAGAGGACCAGCUGUCCAAUUGUGCAGUUUGUGGAGCACGCUUCACCAGCCACGCCACCUUCAACAGUGAGAAGCUGCCAGAGGUGCUCAGUGCAGAUCGGCUGCCGGCACCACAGAGCCAGGGCCCCUCCAGUGCUGAGGGCAAGGAUGUUGCCUUUUGCACCCCUGUGUAUCCUGCGGGCAUCCUCCUGGUAUGCAACAACUGCGCUGCGUACCGUAAGCUGCUUGAGGCACAGACCCCCGGCAUGCGCAAGUGGGCCCUGCGGCGCCAGAACGAGCCCCUGGAAGUGCGGUUGCAGCGCCUGGAGCGGGAGCGCACAGCUAAGAAGAGCCGGCGGGACAACGAGACACCUGAGGAGCGGGAAGUGAGGCGCAUGCGGGAUCGGGAAGCCAAGCGGCUGCAGCGCAUGCAGGAGACAGACGAGCAGCGGGCGCGGCGGCUGCAGAGGGACCGGGAAGCCAUGCGCCUGAAACGCGCAAACGAGACCCCCGAGAAGCGACAAGCCCGGCUCAUCCGGGAGCGUGAGGCCAAGAGGCUCAAGCGGCGCCUGGAGAAAAUGGAUAUGAUGCUCCGGGCACAGUUUGGCCAGGAUCCCUCUGCCAUGGCCGCUUUGGCAGCUGAGAUGAACUUUUUCCAGCUGCCAGUGAGCAAUGUGGAGUUGGAGAGCCAGCUGCUGGGCAAAAUGACCUUUGAGGAGCAGAGCAACAGUGCAUUGCACUAAACCACAGCCAAGAACUGUGCUGCCUUUGCUGCACCUGCCACAUGUGCACUAGCAGGCUUCCACACUCAGGAGGCUGCUGUGGGUCCCUGCCUGACCUUUCCUGACACGUGGUUUUGGUUUUCCUCUGAACCCAGGAGGAGAACAGGGCUGAGAGAUGCCUGCCAAAGCAGCUCUGGUGGGAGCAGAUUCUGAGGAUACAGUCUGCUCUGGGGGCCAAGUCACAGCCUGUGACAGAAGGAAAAUAAAUUAAUGUUCACAUGUA